AUGGCGGGAGCAUACAGUUCUUUGACCCAGAACGAGGGGUCAAAGGACAACAACCUCGAAAGAUCCCCUGACGGCCAGUCCUUCCCUCUUCAGGAUCAUUUGGGAUCUUCAUCCACUCAAAUAUACGACAAUGACAGCGACUCCUUCCUCGGAUCAGAUUCGGGUGAACGCAGCCCUCGGCGAGAAUUCAGGGUCACCUUCAAGGACAACGACGACAACGACAGCAACAAUGCUGGGACCGACAAGGCGCGGACCAACAGCGGAUACAGUAGUAAUGAUGACGACGAUGAGGAUGAAGACGAGGAUUUCGAUCACCUUGAUGACUUUGUACCGCUGGCCAGUACGAAGCGGUACCAAACCAAGUCCUCAACACCCUCCCGGUUCUCACGAGUGUCACACCCCUGCAGGAUCCUGGCGACCGUGUGCGGCACAGCAACAGUGGUCUCUCUCGCCUUUGCACUCCUCUCGCUCCUCCACCUCAACAACAACCAGAGUAUGAAUCAGGGUGCAGGACCAUCGAACGAGACAACUACAAUCAAUCAACCGGACAACCGCUUCUUGAAACCCCCACCGGGCUUGACUAUGGAGGAGUUCAACGUGGACGACUUUCAAUUGCCACCUUGGGACUGGGACAUCAACAAGUUCAUCCCUAUCGACAUCACCAACGGACCAAAGUUCACAUCGAUUCAGUGGCGCAACGGAGAACAAUAUCUCGCCGUCGACUGUCCCCAUCAAGCAAACUACCGUUACCAUUUUCCAUCAUUCCCGAUCGACGAGUUCAGGAAUCACCCCACAGCGACUCAAGGGAUCGACGAUCUGCUGCAUAUCGGAGAUGAGCCCUAUGUCUUUGUGCUCUGCCCACCAGGACCAAACAAUGCCAACCUGGUCUUUAGGGAGUUCGACGUACCAGAGGAAACCACACCAGAGUCACCACCUCACAUCGCAGGAACACAGGAAGCACCCCAGCCACUUGUGGACGACGUCGUCAUGCUUCUUGUCGAUGCCAUCUCGAGAGGAAAGUUUCUCGCUGCGAUGACCGACGCCAUGGAGGCACUCCAGGCGGCCAACACGACCGAAUCGCGCUACCGGAUCUUUGACUUUAAACAUUACAAUGUUCUGGGUCAGAACUCACCACCCAACAAGGCCUUUAUCUACUCUGGACAGUCAAUCGAGAACAUGAACCACGGGCCAAAGCACUGGCUCUGGGACGCCUUUGAGGAGCAAGGGUUCUCUACAGCUCACACGGACGGCGAAUGUGGCGGACAAAGGGGAAUUCACGACUAUGUCUCUGGAGCGAUCACGUACGAGUACUCGCACAUCUAUGGACGGAUCCCAGCGCAGUACCAGAUGUCCCAGCCCUCCUGGUGUGAGAACCACGAUAUGCAUGUCGUGUCGAACAUCUGGGGUCAGAGCUGUGUCUUACCACCUCAGGUCGACUACGACAAGGUUCUGAUGGGAGGCAUGCGCUGGAACACACCUUACUGUGCUGGACACAAGGCGAUUCACGAGUUCAUCAUGGACGAUCUCGAGGGCUGGUUGGAGUCCAAGAAGGGCAGCAGGCGUUUUGCGACCUACUCUUUCAUGGACGCUCACUCACCCGACCAUCACCAUAUCUCGUUCGACAAGCAUCUUGGGACAUUCUUCCGGAAACUGCUUAUUGGCCAGGACGGACAGCCACCUCUUCUUUCUCCCAGAAGUGCGCUGAUCGUUAUGGCGGAUCAUGGACUCCACUAUGGCCGAGAGACAUACACCUUCCCAGGAUUCCUUCACCACAAAAUCCCUCCACUCUUCAUGGCACUCCCCAAAACCCUCCUAGACGAACGACCCGCCCUUGCACGGAACCUCGAGGAGAACCAGGAACGGAUCAUUUCCCAUCUGGACCUCCACCAAACCUUCCACCAUCUCGCCUAUGGAGACUUCCCCGUCAACAGUGGCCCCUUCCAGUCUCAGGAGGACGCCUAUUCAGAGUUCAUGACCAAAUUCAUUGCCGAUGGAACAUUCCGCCAGCAGUUCCACCCUCUCGCUCCCAAUCAGACCUCGUACGCUCAGCAGUAUGGCCGAUCACUCCUCCUGCCAAUUGACGAGAAGCGGACCUGUAUCACGGCAGGUAUCCCUCAGGACUGGUGUGCGUUCCAGCCCUUCUUGGAUCUCGACCCCGCCAAACCCCUCGACGCCCGGUUCAUGCGGGGCGCUCUCUUGAUGCUAUCGAACCGGAUGAACAACCUGACACAGAUCCACCACGUCGACGAUAUUUGUCAUAGCGCCAGUCUGACCCUCCAGCCUGAAGCACCUCUAGGGUUGCUGGAAGACCCAACACUUCGAGGGACUGCCGUCUGGGAUGGCACCUUUGAUGAUAUCGGAACCGACGAUCUCGUGAUGGAAUCUGCUUACGCCAAUGCAGAGCCCAGUAAAGGGGAAGCAGAGGUGCCCUAUAAGUAUGAUGUCCACCACCUCGCAGCAGCCGGAACGAGGGUGUUUUAUUUCAUGGUUCGGGAUCGACAACGGCCGAACCGCAAGUACUCGGUGACGAUGCGACAGGAUGAUCUGGAGAGGGGGGUUGGCGACAGGAUAACGAUCCAGCAGAUGAGUGCCUAUGCUGCUGCUUGGGGUCCUUGUGCGGCCAAGAUCUCGCAGGGCGGCAAGGCCAUUGGUGAAUGGCAUGAUACCAUCAAGCACUUUUGUGUUUGCGACUAG